AUCUUGUUAUAAAAAAUCAAAAGGGUGUCGGAAGUCAAUCUAAAUGGUGCAAAAAUUGCAAUGCAACUAAUAUUGAUAAUAAAAAACGUACUUGUCCUCAGUGUAAUGAGAAAUUAGAUACAUUGGCUACUUUGCAAGCAGAAUCGGCUAAAGAAUUUAAUAAUAUGGUCUCCCCAUCAAAGAACCUUAUAAUAAAGUCUCAUGUAUAUGAUCAUGAAAAAAAAAGUUCUCAUUUCGAACAUAUUAGCAUUACGCAACGAUCGGAACCUGAAUAUGAUGUUAUUGUUCCAGAAAUGUACGUGCCCGAUCCAUUAGAGUUAAAUCCUAAUUCG